GGCGGGGCUUGCGGAAUGAUCAGACUCGCCCGGCCGGUGGGGAAGCGGGGCUGCUCUUAAAGGGGCCGCGUCGGAGCAGUGCCCGGCAGCCCCAGCCAUGGGCUUCGGGACGCAGCUGGGCCUGCUGCUCUGGAAGAACUUCACCUACCGGCGCAGGCAGACGAUCCAGCUGGCCAUCGAGCUCCUGUGGCCGCUCUUCCUGUUCUUCAUCCUCAUCUCCGUGCGCCAGUCGCACCCGCCUUUCGAGCAGCAUGAAUGUCACUUCCCCAGCAAGGCGCUGCCCUCGGCGGGGACCCUGCCCUGGAUUCAGGGCAUCAUCUGCAAUGCCAACAACCCCUGCUUCCAGUACCCGACAGCUGGCGAGAUGCCGGGCACGGUGGGGAACUUCAAUGGGUCCAUCAUCUCCCGCCUCUUUGCCGAUGCCCGACGGGUGCUGCUCCACCCCGACAGCCAGCAGGCCCUCAGCCACCUGGCCCAGCUCCUGCCUGCCCUGCGCCGGCUCCGUGGGGAUGAGGCGCAGUGGACAGCGCUGCCGGUCCGGGACUAUCUGAAAGCAAAUGAGACCUUCUCCGAGUUCCUCCGUGCCAAUGCCUCUGCGCCCCCCGGCCUGGCUGACCAGCUGCUGGGGGCCCGGCUCAGCCCACGUAUUCUCUCCCUUGCCGCCUCCGGCUUGUCGCUGCAGGAUGUCGUCUGCAACGCCUCGGUGCUGGCAGAGGUCCUGGUGGUGCCAGGGGCCGGUGCCUUGGGGACCCUGCAGCCCUGGCUCUGCUCCCUGCCGGCCCCCACGCUCCAGGCCUUGGAGCGCAGCUUCCUCUCGCAGGUGGACGUCACCCGAGUCCUUGCGGAGUGGCUGGGCUCCGGGGCGGACGACGUGGCCGGCACCGUGGAAGCCCUGGUGGCUGUUCUACGGGGUGCCGAGACCCUGGCCGAGGAGGUCUCGGCCAUGCACAGCUUUGCAGACCUCCGGCGGGAGCUGGGGGCACUGGGCGGCAGCACGUCCCCACAGGGUGCCUUCGCGGCCCUGUCCCGCCUUGCCUGCGGCCACGCCAACAGCACCGGGCUCCGCAUCCCCUCCCUCAACUGGUACGAGGACAGCGACGUCCGCGCCUUCCUCAGCCGCAACAGCUCCGAGCCCCGGGCCGUCGCCUUGGACAAUGGCACCAACCCCUACUGCAAGGAGCUGAUCCGCAGCCUGGAGUCGAACCCGCUGUCGCGCAUCCUUUGGCGCAGCAUCAAGCCCCUCUUUGUCGGCAAGAUCCUCUACACCCCGCCCAGCCCCGGCGCCCGCAGGAUCAUGGCCGAGGUGAACCGGACCUUCCAGGAGCUGGCCGUGCUGCGGGAGGUGGGAGGUGCCUGGCAGGAGCUGGGGCCCCGGCUUUACACCUUCCUCAACAGCAGCCUGGAAAUGCAAGCCCUGCAGGAGCUGCUGGGGGCACCUGCCACCACCCCCCUCCUGGCCCAGCGCCUGGCAGGCACCUCCUGGAACCUGUCGACCGUGCGGGACUACCUGGUGGGGCCGCGGGGCUGGCGUGACACCUACGCUGAGCUCGACCAGGUCCUGGGCACCCUCAGCCAGUUCAUCGAGUGCGUCUCCCUGGACAAGAUCGAGGCGGUGGGCUCUGAGGAGGAGCUGGUGUCGCGGGCGCUGGAGCUGCUGGAGGCGCGCCAGUUCUGGGCCGGCGUGGUCUUCCUGCCGCCCACCGGCAACGCCACGGGGGACCCGGCCCCCCACAUCCGUUACAAGAUCCGCAUGGACAUCGACGAUGUCACGCGCACCAACAAGAUCAAGGACAGGUUCUGGGACCCCGGCCCGGCUGCCGACCCCUUCAGCGACCUGCGCUACGUGUGGGGGGGCUUCGUGUAUGUGCAGGACCUGGUGGAGCAAGCCGUCACGCGGGUGCUGACCGGCACAACCCGGCGCACGGGGCUGUACAUGCAGCAGAUGCCCUACCCCUGCUAUGUAGAUGAUGUGUUCCUGCGGGUGCUGAACCGGUCGCUGCCCCUGUUCAUGGUGCUGGCCUGGAUCUACUCGGUGGCCAUGAUGGUCAAGGGCGUUGUGCACGAGAAGGAGGCGCGCCUGAAGGAGACCAUGCGGAUCAUGGGGCUCAGCCGUGGCACCCUCUGGCUCAGCUGGUUCCUCAGCAGCUUGCUCCCCUUCCUCCUCAGCUCCGGCCUCCUCGUCCUCAUCCUCAAGCUGGGGGACAUCCUGCCCUACAGCGACCCCGCCGUGGUCUUCCUCUUCCUGGUGGCCUUCGCGGUGGCCACCAUUGCCCAGUGCUUCCUCCUCAGCACCUUCUUCUCCCGCGCCAACCUGGCCUCGGCAUGCGGCGGCAUCAUCUACUUCUCAUGCUACCUGCCCUACGUGCUGUGCGUGGCCUGGCGCGACCGCGUCACCUUCCCGCUCCGCGUCCUCGUGAGCCUCCUGUCCCCGGUGGCGUUCGGGUUCGGCUGCGAGUACUUCUCCCUCUACGAGGAGCAGGGCGUGGGCAUCCAGUGGUACAACCUCAACGCCAGCCCCGUGCAGGGCGACCCAUACAACUUUGCCACCUCCGUGGCGCUGCUGCUCGGGGACACAUGUCUGUACGGCCUGGCCACCUGGUACAUCGAGGCCGUCUUCCCAGGCCAGUACGGGAUUCCCAAGCCCUGGAACUUCCCCUUCCUGCGGAGCUACUGGUUCGGCGAGUCUUCCCUGGAGGGGCAGGUGCCCCACCCCACCAGUGCCCCCAGCUCUGCCAAAGUGCUGGUGGAGGAGCCGCCCGCAGGGCUGGAGCCCGGGGUCUCCAUCUGCAACCUGGUGAAGAUUUACCGCGGCAGCAGCCGAGCGGCCGUCAACGGGCUGAGCCUCGACUUCUUCGAGGGCCAGAUCACCUCCUUCCUGGGCCACAAUGGAGCGGGCAAGACCACCACCAUGUCCAUCCUGACCGGCCUCCUGCCCCCCAGUGCAGGCACGGCCUACAUCCUGGGCCGGGACGUGCGCUCGGAGAUGGAUGCCAUCCGGAGUACCAUGGGCGUGUGCCCGCAGCACAACAUCCUGUUUGACAUCCUGACGGUGGAGGAGCACGUCUGGUUCUACGGGCGCCUGAAGGGGCUGUCGGGGCGGCAGGUGGCGGCGGAGACAGAGCAGCUCCUCCGGGACGUGGGGCUGCCCCACAAGCGGCGCGAGCCGACCCGCUGCCUCUCGGGCGGCAUGCAGCGCAAGCUCUCCGUGGCCAUCGCCUUUGUGGGCGGCUCCAGGGUGGUCGUGCUGGACGAGCCCACGGCCGGCGUCGACCCCUACUCCCGGCGCGGCAUCUGGGACCUGCUGCUCAAGUAUCGCCAAGGACGCACCAUCGUCCUCUCCACCCACUACAUGGACGAGGCAGAGCUGCUGGGCGACCGCAUCGCCAUCAUCGCGCAGGGCCGGCUCUGCUGCUGCGGCUCCCCGCUCUUCCUCAAGACCCACCUGGGCACUGGCUACUACCUCACCCUGGUCAAGCGGGAGCCGGGGACCCGGGAGCGGCCGGCCCCCCAGGGCAGCUCCGGCAGCAUCACUAUUGCUGGCAAGAAGUCCGAGGGCCAGGUCGGGGCUGCGUCCCUUACCCCUUCUCCUCCCUCCCAGGAUGACAGCGAUUCAGAGCACAGCUGUGACACCGGCCUGGGCAGCGAGCAGUGCAGCGAGUCCAGCACCGUGGAUGUGCCACAGCUGUCGGCCCUGGUGCAGAAGCUGGUGCCCGGCUCCCGGCUGGUGGAGGACAUUGGGCAUGAGCUGCUCUACGUCCUGCCGUCCAGCGGUGCCAAAGACGGGUCCUUCGGAGAGCUCUUCCGGGAGCUGGACACCCGCCUGGGCGAGCUGGGUGUCUCCGGCUACGGGGUCUCGGACACCACCUUGGAGGAGAUCUUUCUGAAGGUGGCCGAGGACACUGGCGCUGACACCAGCAGGUCAGGCCCCCCAGGAGCCCCCCAGCGCGUGAGAGCCACCCCUGCCUCGGCCGACACCCUCCGGGCGCUGAGUGAAGACGGGGACCUGGAGGCAGCAGAGGCUGAUCUGGCGGAGGAGCCCCAGGAGACGGAUGCCCUGCGGGGCCCAGAGGACAGAGGAUCCCACCAGCUCACGGGCUGGGCCCUCACCCGCCAGCAGCUCCGCGCCCUCUUCCUCAAGAGGCUGCUCUACGCCCGCCGCAGCACCCGCGGCUUCUUGGCGCAGAUCAUCCUGCCGGCCGUCUUUGUGUGCAUGGCCCUCCUCUUCAGCCUGCUGGUGCCGCCUUUCGGGGAGUACCCCCCGCUGCGCCUCGAGCCCUGGAUGUACGAGCAGCAGUUCACCUUCUUCAGCGACGAUGCCCCGGGGGACCCUGACUCCGCGCGUCUCCUGGGCGCCCUCCUGGCCGAGCCGGGCUUCGGGACCAAGUGCAUGAAGGACGCGUUGGAGCCGAGGGAGCUGUGCCUGCCAGCACUGCAAGGAGAAGGUUUCCACACCCCCGCGGUGCCCCCAGCCCUAGAGGAGGUUUUCCGAAGCGGGAACUGGACGCCGGACGAUCCCUCCCCACCCUGCAAGUGCAGCUCCCCGCAGUCCCGCAAGAUGCUGCCUGAGUGCCCCGAAGCAGCUGGGGGGCUGCCCCCUCCACAGGUGCAGCGAGGCACCGGCGACAUCCUCCAGAACCUCACGGGGAGGAACAUCUCCGACUACCUGGUGAAAACCUACCCCAAGAUCAUCCGCCAGGGGCUGCGAAACAAGAAGUGGGUCAACGAGCAGAGGUAUGGUGGCAUCUCGCUGGGGGCCCGUAGCCUGCAGGGCCUGCCGUUGGCGGAGGAGGUGACCAACGCCGUGCGGGAGAUCCGGGCGGUGCUGAAUGUCACCGAGGGGAGCCCCCUGGACAGGUUGCUGGGAAACCUGAGCAACUUCAUUGCUGGGCUGGACACGCACGAUAAUGUCAAGGUGUGGUUCAACAACAAGGGCUGGCACGCCAUGGUGUCCUUCCUCAACGUGGUGAGCAAUGGGGUGCUGCGCGCCAACCUGCCCCCGGGCGCUGACCCCACGCGCUACGGCAUCACGGCCAUCAACCACCCCCUCAACUUCACCAAGGAGCAGCUCUCGGAGGCUGCCCUGAUGGCGACGUCGGUGGACGUGCUGGUCUCCAUCUGCGUGAUGUUUGCCAUGUCCUUCGUCCCCGCCAGCUUCGUCCUCUUCCUCAUCGAGGAGCGAGUCAGCCAGGCCAAGCACCUGCAGUUCGUCAGCGGCAUGACGCCCGGCGUCUACUGGCUGGGCAACUUCGCCUGGGACAUGUGUAACUACCUGGUGCCUGCCGCGCUGGUCGUCCUCAUCUUCCUCGGCUUCCAGCAGAAGUCCUACGUGUCCGCGGACAACCUGCCCUCCCUGGUGCUGCUGCUGCUGCUCUAUGGCUGGUCCAUCACACCGCUGAUGUACCCGGCCUCCUUCCUCUUCAGCGUCCCCAGCACAGCCUACGUGGCCCUGACCUGCAUCAACCUCUUCAUCGGCAUCAACGGCAGCAUGGCCACCUUCGUGCUGGAGCUCUUCACUGACAAAAAGCUGAACGACAUCAACCGCGUCCUGAAGAAGGUCUUCCUCGUCUUCCCCCACUUCUGCCUGGGCCGCGGCCUCAUCGACAUGGUGAAGAACCAGGCUAUGGCAGAUGCCUUUGAGCGCUUUGGAGACAAGCGGUUCGUGUCCCCGCUGUGCUGGGACCUGGCCGGGAAGAACAUGUUCGCCAUGGCCCUGCAGGGCAUCGUCUUCUUCCUCGUCACCCUCCUGGUGCAGCACAGGUUCUUCCUCACGCUCAGGCCCUUUGCCGUCAAGCUACCCGCUCUGGGGGAGGAGGACGAGGAUGUGGCCAGGGAGCGGGAGAAGGUGCUGAGCGGCGCGCGGCAGGGAGACGUCCUGGUGCUGGAGAACCUGACCAAGGUGUACAGGAGGAGGAAGGUGCCAGCCGUGGACCGCCUGUGCUUGGGGAUCCCCCCGGGGGAGUGCUUCGGUCUCCUGGGGGUCAACGGUGCCGGGAAGACGUCCACCUUCAAAAUGCUGACAGGGGACACCGAGGUGACGCUGGGGGACGCCCGGCUGAAGGGGCACAGCGUGCUGUGCGACAUGCAGGCCAUGCACCAGAGCAUGGGCUACUGCCCCCAGUUCGACGCCAUCAACGACCUGCUGACGGGCCGGGAGCACCUGGAGUUUUACAGCCGCCUGCGUGGGGUCCCCGAGGACGAGGCCCCCAGGGUGGCCCAGUGGGGCAUCUCCAAGCUGGGGCUGGCGCCCUACGCGGACAGACUGGCCGGCGGGUACAGCGGGGGCAAUAAGCGCAAGCUUUCCACGGCCAUCGCCCUCAUCGGGUGCCCGCCUGUCAUCUUCCUGGACGAGCCGACCACCGGGAUGGACCCCGGAGCCCGGAGGUUCCUGUGGAACUGUGUCCUCAGCGUGAUCAAGGAGGGCAGGUCCGUGGUGCUCACCUCCCACAGCAUGGAGGAGUGCGAAGCCCUGUGCACCCGCAUGGCCAUCAUGGUGAACGGCCGGUUCCGGUGCCUGGGGAGCGGGCAGCACCUGAAGAACAGGUUUGGAGACGGCUACACCAUCGUGCUGCGGGUUGGGGGCUCCAGCCCGGACCUGCAGCCCCUGGAGCAGUUCAUGCAGGAGACCUUCCCCACCAUCGCCCUCCGGGAGCGGCACCGCGGCACGCUGCAGUACCAGCUGCCCGCCUGCCGCAACUCGCUGGCCCACGUCUUCAGCACCCUGGCAGCUCAGCGCGCCCGCUACUGCCUCGAGGACUACUCUGUGUCCCAGACCACGCUCGACCAGGUGUUCCUGCAUUUUGCCAAGGACCAAAGCGAUGAGGGCACUGCCUCGCAGGGCCCCCCUGCACCCGGCUCCGUGAGCCCCAGCCCCUGGACCCGGAUCACGCGCUUCCUGCAGGACGAGCGCUACCAGGAGAGCAGGGUCUGAGCAAAGGGGACAGCCGUGCCCGCCCUUGAACCCAUCAAUUAAACCCCCAGAGAGGGGCACAGGGCCGGUGGCUCCUUCCUGAGUCCUCCUGGGGCCAGGGGCAAUACUGAACCCCUCCCAAACCCCUAGGGCAGGGGUCUUGCCUGACCCACUGGGCCCUCCAGUGCCCCCCAGACUGGCUGCCCAGUGCUUGGCCCAGGGAGCAGGCCCUGCCCUGGGAGGGUGGGGACCUGGUGGGCUUUUUUUCCGUCUUAAUCAGUAAAGGUCCAGCGGAGCUGGUGUCUGCAACCCUGCCGGCCCACCCGCAGCCCCAGACCAGGCUGGGGGUGUCUCUUGGCUUCGGAGACAUCCUGCAGGCACUUUUUGCUGCUGACGGUGCAGGUGGGGAAGGAUCUCGCCCCAAUUUGAGCACUGGGCAGAGCCGGGAGCCCUAUCUGCCUUUGAACCAGCCGCUCACACGCACAAGGACGGGGGGAGAGGGCUAGGCUGGGCCUUUCAGGGUCCUACGCCCCACCCCCACGCCACCCCCACAACGCCCUGAUGUAUUCUGGGGUUGGAGCUGGUUGUAAAGCCCACCCCGUCCUGAUCUCAGGGACCCCUUGUCCUGCAGCGGGAGCCCAUCUCCAUCACAUUUCCAGCCAAAGGACCCCCUCCCUGCACUCCUUCGGCCUGGGACUGUCCCUGGUACAAGGGCGGCGGUUUUGGUACCAGCCCCCCGGAGCCUGAACAGGGCUGAGCCCUCCCAAGGGCUUUGCAAAGCCCUUGACUUUCCCAUGCCCCGACCCCCCCCAGACCCAGCUUCCCCAGCCCCCUCCUAAGGGCUGACCGCACGCUGGAGCCUGGCCACGCUCCCCUGGGGGCAUCGGGGCUGGUCCUGCUUGCAGCUCCCUGUCCUCUGGCGCUGGUAAAGCAGAGACCGCUUGGACAUGCUACUUUAAUUAAAGAUGCACACGAUAACUCGGA